GUCUUCCCUCCUGUGUAUCAAGUUGCGUGUAAAGUGUAAACGGAGACGCUGCAUGAAAAGUCCUGCUGUCAGGCAGCAGCGUUGUCCUGCAGUUCUAACACAUGAAUUUGAGAAGUAUGGCACACGACGUUAAAAACGCAGUACAAAGGGCGAAACAUAAAAUCUCAAGCUUGGAGAAUGAACUGUACUGUGUGAGGGAGAGCUGCUCAGAGAGUGAGGAGGAACUCCGUCAGGUGCCAUGGAAGCACAAACAAGAACUAAAGGAUUCCCUUGUUGAUAUGUACAGAGCUAAUCCUAAAGUCAAUGAGGAACUGAAACAAAGGCUGCCGUCCCCUGUAAAGCGCCAUUGUUCAGAGACCACACCACAACUUGGAUUCUCCAGCUGGGGCUCUAGUCCAGAUAUUUUUCACAGUGCAUCAGAGACAAAAGCUACUGAGAAAAAGCCCAUUAAAGAGCUUAGCACACCAACACCUAGACAAGACCCAGUGGCUGGACCACCGCCACCACCACCCCCACCUCCGCCAGCUCCAGUUAGGAGCAUGGAGGAGGGGAGGCUGUCCCCUCAAAGAGCCCUCAUACAGCAGGCCCCGGACAGAGAGGAGCUGGACAGGAAUCUGGUCAGCAGACCUCAUUGUAGUACCCCUGAGCCCCCUCCACCCAGAAGAAGCGCAGAUGAGGACCAAGGGAAUUCCAGUGUUAGGAGUGAAACCAAAAGACAAAUCCCAGUCCUGGAUAAGGAGAAGAACAUUGCAUUCUUGUUGAAAGAACUGGACUCCCUCAGAGACCUUAAUAAGAAGCUACAGGACAAGCUGGCCCUGAAGGAGAAAGAGCUGGAGACGAUGCGACUGGACAGCCAGCUUCAGGAAACAGAACUGGAGGCCCACGCUUGUGAGAGAGCUGCAGCACUGGUGGAGGAGAUUUAUAAAGCUCAGAGGGAAAGAGACCAGGCUGUGAUGGCCAGACUGCGGCUAGCUAAUGAGGAGAGGGACGAAGCUCUACUCCGAGCCAAGAAGCUUCAAGAGGCGGCGUUGGAGCUGGAGAAUAUUAACCCAGAGGAAAGUGACAUGGACCUGGAGGAGUUGCUGAACAGGGUGAGCAGUGCGGAUUCUGCUCUGAGUAUUGAGCGCAGUGGCAUGGCCAUCAUGGAGCGCGUUCAGAAGGCCAGAGAGCGCCGCUCCAAAAUCACCUCCGAGGAGAUGAAAGCUGUCAUAGAGGAGAGAGACAGUGCCUUAACCAAGUGCAAGCGCCUGGAACAGGAGCUUCUUCAGUCCAGAGAGCCAAGCCAGACCAGCAGCGUCCGCCAACUGGCCACUCCAAACAAUCAGGAACGGGUGCGCAAGAUCCAGGUGGAGUUGCAGGCUACCCAGAGAGAGCGGGAUAUGGCUGUGGAGCUCAAUCGCAAACUCGAGGCGGAGCUCCAAUCUAUACGCAGUGCACAACAGAGCCAAAGGCAUGAGUUUAACUGGAAGGAGCCUGCCAGGUCGCUCUCUCCUAGCUAUGAAAAGGACAGCCCUGCAGCCCCCAACCAAACCCUGCUGAGUCGUCUGCAGCAGCUGACCUCAGAGCUCCAGAGUACGCAGACCCAGCUGCGCAUGACCCAAGAGUCUGAGAGUGAGGCCACUGCAAAAGUGCAGAAGCUGGAACGGUUGGUGGAAGUAUUGAGGAAGAAGGUGGGCACAGGCAGUGUCCGUACUGUGAUCUGACUGGCCGGUGGGUGACCGGAGCAGACGGACACAUCUGGUGACCAGGCUGCUGCGUUUAACUCUGAGCAAACAGCUGAAGCCUGGCCUGGGCAAACACAGGCUGGAAGUGCCGCUCGCUCUCUCACCCUCAGUCCUGCACUCAUACCCAACCAGGCUCCAUCGUAAAUGUUUAACCACUCGCUUCUCAUUGCUGCAGUCAUUGACUGAUACUGCUGUAACCACCACAUUACCCAAAGUGUUAAAUCUUCUUCUUUUUUUUUUGUUUUGUUUGAGCAGAGUGUUAUGUGUAAGCGAGAAAGAACAAGGGAAAAUUAUAUAUUUAAUGGGUCUUACACUAGGAUAACCACUCAUUUUGAGAUGUCCACUUUGGAUAUAUCAUGUAUCAAGCUGGCCUUUGAUGUUAUGAUUUCAGAUAUAUCUGGGCAGUGUCAUGUAUUUUUUCACAUAUUCAAAAAUAAAGGGACAUUGAUGAGUUGA